ACACACACACACACACACACACACACACACACACACACACACACACACACACACACUUAGAAACAAGCAUGAAGACACAGUGCACAAAAUGAUUACCUUACACAACCACUAUGAGAAGAAAGUGAUCGUACACACACUGGGAGGGUGUAUUUCCAACCAAGAUGGCGGCUUCUUCCAACUACAGCAACGCCGCCUCCAAUGAGAGCAUGUACUGCCAAUUCGAGGAGAACUUCAAAUACAUCCUCCUUCCUGUCAGCUACACUCUGGUGUUUGUGAUUGGCUUAGCCCUGAACGCCACCGCCAUGUACGUGAUAGUGUUCCGCAUCAAGCGCUGGAACCCCUCGACCAUCUACAUGUUCAACCUGACCGUUUGUGACACCCUUUACAUCUUCACCCUGCCCUUCCUCAUCUACUACUAUGCAGACGAGAACGACUGGCCCUUCAGCGAACCCCUCUGCAAGCUCAUACGCUUCCUGUUCUACGCCAACCUGUAUGGCUCCAUCCUGUUCCUCUGCUGCAUCAGCCUCCACCGAUUCCUGGGCGUGUGCCACCCGGUCCGCUCGCUGCGCUGGGUGAGUGCCCGCCGCGCCCGCCUGGUCUCCGUGGCGGUGUGGGCGUGCGUGCUCUUCUGCCAGGCGCCCGUCCUCUACUUCUCACGCACGCGGGACAGCGGCUCGGAGAGGGUGUGCUACGACACGACCAGCCCCGAGCUCUUCGACAACUUCCUGCUGUACAGCUCGGCGGUGUCGGGCCUGAUGUUUGCCCUGCCCUUCAUGGUGGUGAUGGUGUGCUACGGGCUGAUGGUGCGGAAGCUGCUGGAGCCCGGUUGGGGGGGCAGCUCGGGGGAAGGGGGAAUGGGAGGCCUGGCGGCCCACAGGUCCAAGCAGAAGUCGGUGAAGAUGAUCAUUGUUGUCCUGGCGGCGUUCAUGCUCUGUUUCCUGCCUUUCCACCUCACCAGAAGCCUGUACUACUCCUUUAGGUACCUGAGGCAGGUCAACUCAGCACAGGUAAGCUGUGAGCUCUUGCAAGCAUCCAGCAUAGCCUACAAAGUGACACGCCCCCUAGCAAGUGCCAACAGUUGCCUUGACCCCAUCCUGUACUUCCUGGCAGGACAGGAUGUCCGUAGCAACCUCACUAAGAACAUGAAGACAUCGCCUAGGUUACCAGGAAGUGCGAACGUGGCCCUGUCAACCAAGCCCCCACCCCUCGCCCCUCGGCUUGAAGCAACGGCCCGGUGGAUGUAGGUGGUAUUGCAUUUCGUGUUUGACUUCCGACUCUUCCGGUCGUUUUUAUUCUAUUAACUCCAGUCAACAUUUACAAAACUAUCUCCCCCAAUAAUUUUUGUUCGAUUCUCUAACCUGGCUCAUACUACUAGCUUUUUCAUAGAAGAAUUUUUCCUGAUUUUUGCUAAAUUUGAAACCAAUCCGAAAUGGGUAAACUAGCACCCCAUUUAUUUGCUUACGUCAAUAAAAGUUGCCUGCAAAUGUGCUCGCGGAUACUAACAGGGCACGAGCACAAAAGUUCACAUUGGCCGAUAGCCGAUUUACCUGGAGCUGAAAGAAAUGGCUUGAGUUGCCUGCCCUGUUGUAGCAAGUUUAACAAAUGGUUGUCACACAUACAUGAAAUGUUGUUAAUAUAGUUUAUUCCCGUUAUUUUUAAAAUAUAUUUGAUUUUUCGUAAAAACGUUCAUGACAUGAUGGCAAAUAUUAUAUUAUGUUAAGCGUGAGCAUAGAUUGUUGAUAUGUCUAUCUGGAGCAAAAACGAAGAUUAAUAGUACUUUAACUGAUAACCACAAUAGGAAAUUAUAUGUAUAUUUAAAUAAUAUUAGUCUUGCCUUCAGAAGCUUUUGUUAAACACUCAUUAUUCUUUUUUUGAUCGUGUCAAAGCCAGACUGCUUUUGUGGGACAAUGAAGGUCCUCAGUGACUCUUCACCCCCACUUAUAUCUGAUGGAAACGUCUUGUAUAUAGUUCUAUUAAUAUGCCCCUUUCAAAGGCACCCUCAAUAAAGUAGAUUAUAUUUUAGACACACUUCUCAAUUUAUUACAUUAUUACCAAGUCUUGUUAGAUCACGUUAUAUCCAUUAAUAGGCGUUUGGGUUAACCCAAACCUAGGUUGAACAUAUAAAACACAAGCCACAUUUCUACACUGAUGUUAAAUUGAAGGCAGUGUGAUUUUCGUGGCAUUUCGUUUGAAUAUAAAGUUGACAGUAAGCUAUGGUAAGUCUGCAUUAUGGAAUAUUUCUGUUACAAAAAUAACUAUUAAGCUUUCUUUGCCUGGCGAGAACAACGACGGAGCUAAGUGUUCAUGUUAACAGUUUAUUUAAUCCGAUACAAUGCGUUGGAAAUCAUACUCAAAUCACGAAGAAAAAAAACAACAUAUGUGAUGAGUUCCAUCUAGAAUAGCCCUAUAUUUAGCCCUAUAGCCUAUUUCUAAAAAACAAGUGAAAGGAAUACUAUACAGCAUACAUUUCCGUAAAGUUUGCAUCAUGUCUCUGAUUCUUAUCGGACUUGUACCCCAUUCUGCCACUGCAAUGGCUUAGCUCACACGCUCGCAACCAUAAAUCUAUGCUCGCGACUGGUUGUCGCAAAGUAUGACGUGUACAGCUAGUUGCAAGCGUGCACGAGGUCUCGGAGCUAGGGAAAAAAAGAGCCACUGUUUAAAGCUAGACCGGAAGAGUCGGAAGUGGAAAGAUGGCGCGAUCCAGUUUCAUACUCUCGCUUGCCUCACUGCGUCACUGAGCACUUUUCAUAGAAAUGAAUGGGGACGCCAUCUUGGAAGACAAAAGUUGCUUCCUCUAGUAAUAUUAACUCUAUGCUGUCAACACAUCUCUGACCAACACAGCCAAGUUGCUGUAUAUUCUGUUAGUUUUGUGCUUUGUGGACUGAAGUUCUAUAGACCUGCAACUAGUAUUUCAUUGGGAUGAAUAACACACAAUGGUGAUGUUCCAAUGAAGAAACAAAAAAUCAUUUUUGUUCUCUGUCUAUAAAAUGUGUUUAUUUGUCUAUAAAAUUAUCUCAGCUGUUUAAUCAACAAUACCUUAUGAUUUCAACUACUGUUUGUUUGUGUCAUUAAGGCAUAUUCUGGCCAAGCUAAACUUCUCAGAAUCAGAAUCAGAAUGGGAUUUAUUCGCCAUGAAAGUUUGCACAGACAAGGAAUUUGCUUUGGCAGGAAGGUGCAUACAAUAAACAUAUACCUAAAAUUUAAAUAUGUGGACUAUCUAUACUAAGGGUACAUAAACUAGCACUAACUAACUCAGGUAUAGGUGAACACUAUUGGAUGCUUUUGCAGAAGGCAAGAUCAUACAGAAUUCUAGCGUGCCAGUCACUUUGAUGGUUGGUGUUGGAUAUUUUCCAACAAAAGAGCUUAAAAGGAUUUGCACUAGUUCACCUGUUACUGGUUCCUUGAAACAGCUAAAAGUCAUGCUUUACAGUU